AACUUUUGAGGCUGGGUGAAAAGACCCCGAUCCUCUUUGGGAAGUAGCUUAGAAAAUCCAAUUUGGGGCAGCCGUUUAUUGCUAUUUUUAAAAUACUAUUAUUAUUUUUUUGUUUCCUUUUUAUACUGGAUGGUCUUCCCUCCGUCUCAUCCUUCAGCAGCUGCGUUUUCUUUUGAGUUGAGCUGCCAACUCAAUUCUUGUUGGAAUCAGAACUUAGUCUUGCUUCGUCUUCUUUUCCUUCUUCUGUUUGGGUGGGUCUGUUUGAGACAUCCCGGCUUUGGCUAUUUCUCCCCGUCUUCUCUUUUUUUCUGGCUGCAAAGUCUCUUCUUCUCUUUAAAAAAAAAAGAGAGAGAGAGAGAGCUGAGGACGUUCAGUGAGGAGAACUUUCAAGGAAGACUUGCUGUUCUGUUUUUCUUUUUUUUAAAUAAACAUCUUUUUUUUUUGCACGGUUAACUGUCUCCUUCUGCAUCUCCAUCCUGCUUGCCGGUCUUCCUUCCCAUACAAGUCACCCUGUUCCAAGAAGGGGUUUUUUUCUUCCUUUUUUUUUAAUCAACCAGCUGGAGUGCUGCUGCGCUCUGUUUUCUUCUUGGGAAGAGAGCUGGCUGGACAGUGCGAUUCAGAGAGGGAUCGCUCCAAAGCACAAGGACCCUCGGCCAAGACAUCCGGGAGAGGCUAUCUGGACUGCUUGAAUCCUCUCUUAGGAGUGAAUGGUUGACUUGGCUUUCCUCUGCUGUUUCUUUUCUCGGACAAAAUGUACGAGCGGCACAAGAGACGAUACAGCCUGUGCGAGAUUUCCAAAGAAGAGAGGGCUGUAGAAGUGGUGCUAUUGAAGAUUAACCGUGACAACUGGUGCCCUGUUGAACCUUCUCCAGAUUCCUUACUGUUGAAGCAGAAGCCUCCUUGCAACUCUGCAGAAAGUGAUAAUUAUCUAGAAGACAGAUUAAGUGGCGAUGGUUCUUCCUCACAAGGCGUCCUUAAGAGAGGAUCCGGGAGUGACUCUGAACUUUUUCCUCUCUCUAGCGAUGGUCUGGACGAGGUGGACUUUAGAAAGCAGGCUGAAGAGGAGCAAUCAGCCGGUAGAAGUUCAACCUCCUCAACGGAUGAUACUAUAUCGCUGGAAAGGAACUCUUCCAUUGGUAGUAACUUUUCCGUUCCUCGGACGCCUGGCCUCCUUGGAUCCAAGGAGAGGUGCAGCCCAGAUGGCAGUUGCUUCAACAUGGGGACGAAUGGAGAAGGUCAAGAUGGGAUGGCAGUGAUCUCUGGAGAACUGGACGAAUUGCUGGAUAGCGUCAUGGAGGUGUCCCCACCUUCUUCUGGCCUGCGGAACAAUUUGAGGCCAUUGUCUCCUUUCCGUCGGCAUAGCUGGGGCCCAGGGAAGAAUAGUAACAACGGUGAAGCUGAGGUCAACCACAGAAGUUCAGUGCGACUGCUGGGAGAAGUCGUAAGGAAAACUCCCUCCCAUAGAAGAAGUUUGAGCUGGUGUCCCUCAGGUGUCCAGUGCAAUGCCAUGGAUGCUGACUUUAAUGGUCGAAGUUACAGCUUAGAAGGUCUUUCUGGAGAGGCUGAUGAUACUACUAAGCCAUCCUCAAACCUCGAUGUAGCAUCUAUGAACACCAAAGAUCUUCGGCAGAGUCCCCUAGCAAACGAUGAACGAGGAUCCCUGGUCUCGCUCACUGAAGAGGAACAGGAAUCGGAGCUAGGAGAAAUGAGAAGUCAGAUUCUCCAAAGACCACAGCCCCACUCGUUCGGCUUCUCCACAAGUCCUGUUUCUCCUCCCUUAACAAAAUCCCUGUCGCUGAUGACCAUCGCUCAAGUGGGAUCAGACAACACACAGGGACGGAUUCAGCCACCUAGACGAGUUUUCUUCUCCUUCAGCAUCUCUCCUCUCAUUCCUAAGUCUAAAACUGUCUUUUCUAUUGACUCUUCUUCCAGUGAUGAGGAGGAGAAGUUGGAGAGCAUCCGAUCCUUCAGCAGCUCCUUGACUCAAAGCAUCAGCGAGGAGAGUGGCAGUUUCCAACCUCCCAGCCCCUCCAGAAAAGAUUUGGAAGCCAAAAGUGGAACGAAAGUCAGUCGUACGUUCAGCUACCUCAGGAAUAAAAUGUCCAGCAGUAAGAAGAGCAAAGAGAAAGAGAAAGAGAAAGAGAAACUGAAGGAACGGGAUAAAGACUCCAAGGAAAAAGACAAAGAUAACAAGAUACUAAAUGGCCAUCUCUUCAGUGCUAUCUCGACCGUGGGGCCCAUCAGUUGCUACCACUGUCUCAAGCCCUUCAACAAAGAUUCAUUUGUGUGUGCAAAUUGUGGUGCCAUUGUCCAUAAAAGCUGCAAAGAAAGUGUGGUUGCUUGUGCCAAGGUCAAAAUGAAACUCCAGAAAAACCCAAGUGGUCUUCAGCCUCACGAUACUUCUUCAUUGCCCACAGUAAUUAUGAGGAAUAAGAGUUCUCAGCCAAAAGAGCGUCCCAGAUCAGCGAUUCUUGCUCCUGAUGAGAACGUAAUGACCUCAGUGUUCAAUAGUAGGCGAUCCCAGCAGAACCUGUCUCUUUCAAAGAGCGUUUCCAUUCAGAACAUUGCUGGAGUCGGAAACGAUGAAAGUAUCCUUCAUACGCGAAAAUUUCUCUCCCAAUCAACAGACUCCUUGAAUAAAAUCAGCCGGGUAAAUGAAUCCAUGGAAUCGUUAACAGAUGAAGGGGCAGACAUGAAUGAAGGACAGCUCAUGGGAGAUUUUGAAACAGACUUGAAACAUCUGGAAGCUCAGUCUUGGAGUCAAGUGGUGGACAGCAAGUUUCUCAAACAGCAGAAGAAAGACAUUGUGAAGCGACAGGAUGUCAUUUACGAACUGAUGCAGACGGAGAUGCACCAUGUCCGGACCUUGAAGAUCAUGAGUGAUGUCUACAGCAGAGGCAUGGUGCAGGAACUACAGUUUGAGCAGCAGAUGGUGGAGAAAAUCUUUCCUUGCUUGGAUAACUUGCUGAACAUCCACAGCCAGUUCUUUCAGAGGAUUUUGGAGCGGAAAAAGGAAUCCCUGGCUGACCGAAGUGAGAAGAACUUUGUCAUCAAGAGGAUAGGGGACAUCUUAGUAAAUCAGUUUUCUGGGGAGAACGCUGAGCGAAUGAAGAAAACGUACGGGAAGUUCUGUGGGCAUCACAAUGAGGCCGUGAAUUACUUCAAAGACCUUCAUUCUAAAGAUAAAAGAUUUCAAGCCUUCAUCAAAAAAAAGAUGAGCAGUUCGGUGGUGAGGCGUUUGGGCAUUCCUGAGUGCAUCUUGUUAGUAACGCAAAGGAUCACCAAAUACCCAGUGUUGCUACAGAGAAUAUUACAAUAUACCAAAGAAAACGACACUGAACACCAAGACUUGGUGCUUUCGUUGAACCUGGUGAAGGAAGUCCUAACGGCGGUCGACAGCAAAGUAAGCAACUAUGAGAAGAAGAUGCGCCUCAAUGAGAUCUACACCCGGACGGACAGCAAGUCAAUCAUGAGAAUGAAGAGUGGACAGAUGUUUGCCAGAGAAGAUCUGAGGCGCAGGAAGUUUGUCCGAGAUGGACUGGUUUCUCUCAAAAACGUAGCUGGGAGAUUGAAAGACGUCCUAGCUGUUCUUCUCUCGGAUGUUCUGAUAUUUCUCCAGGAAAAGGAUCAAAAAUACGUAUUUGCAUCCCUGGAUCAAAAAUCUACCGUGAUCUCAUUGAAGAAGCUGAUUGUCCGUGAAGUUGCCCACGAGGAGAAGGGCUUGUUCCUGAUCAGCAUGGGAGGAAAAGACCCUGAGAUGGUGGAGGUGCAUGCCAGUUCAAAGGAGGAGCGUAACAGCUGGAUUCAAAUCAUCCAGGACACUAUCAACACUAUGGACAAAGAGGAAGAUGAAGGUAUCCCUAGUGAAUCAGAAGAGGAGAAGAGGGUGCUGGACACCAAGGCCAGGGAACUGAAAGAACAGCUCCAGCAAAAAGACCAGCAGAUAAUCACUCUCUUGGAGGAAAAAGAGAAGAUUUUUAGAGAUAUGACGGAUUGCAGUGGGCAUGAAGAAGGAUUUGGCACUGGCGCCAGGAUGCUGUUCCGGGCAAACACAGACGAAGCACCGAAAGGAGAAAGCAUAAUGAAGAAUUUGAUCAGUGAAGUCGAGCAGCUGCAAGGUUUGGUGAGCAGAAGCCUCGGAAGUGCUUUUGGGCAGCAGGUGACCAGUCUGGCCUCCGAUCAGGAGAGUGUGGGGCCCAUCUCUCUCCCCAGAAGGGCAGAGACCUUUGGGGGAUUCGACAGCCACCAAAUGAAUGUCUAUAAAGGUGGCGAAAAGGAUGAAGGAGAAGAAGUGCAAGAUCUUCGGAGGACGGAGUCUGACAGCGUGUUAAAAAAAGGAGGAACAGCUAACUUGAUGUUUGUGCUGAAGAGAAACAAUGAGCAGGUUCUCCAGAGCAUAACUCAGCUUCACAGCUUGCUGGGCUUACUACAGGCUGUUGUUGUGCAACAAGACACCUACAUUGAAGACCAGAAGCUGCUGCUCACUGAGAGGACCUUGAGCCGCAUUUCCUUCCGACCCAACUCCUUGAUUGAGCAGGAGAAGCAACGCAGCCUGGAGAAACAGCGGCAAGAGCUCGCCAAUCUGCAGAAGCAGCAAGCCUUGCACCAGGAGGAAAGGAGGAAGAAAGAGAAGGAGUGGGAGGCCAGAGAGAAAGAGCUAACUGAGCGGGAAUCUCAGCUGGGCCAGAGGGAAGAGCAGAUCCAGAAAGGGCAGCACAGCCUGGAGAAGGAGCGGGAAGAGCUGCAGCAAAAGAAAGCAGCCUACCAACUCGAUCUGGAACGUCUCCGGACGGCCCAGAAGCAGCUGGAGAAGGAAAAGGAGCAAUUGAAGAGGGAAAUGGAGCAACUAUCUCAACCUCAGAUGGAACCCAAUGUCAAACCGAAUCCCAAUCAACAUGCCAAAAUGAGCAGAACUCCUUCCCUUCUUCCCACGGAGGACUUGCCUUCUAGACAGUUGUGUUCCUCGUUGCCCAAAGGACACUUGGAUACAGAACUUUCUGCCUCAUCCAAAAGGAACAGUCUUUCAAGGACGAAUAAAGAGAAGAGCUCUUUUCAUUUGCUCGGCACUACAACAUCAGGCCAAACCAACAAGCCAACUGAAGGACCUGGGCAGAUACCCAACCGCCUCUUUGGCUUAGCCAAGCCGAAGGAGAAGAAGGAGAAGAAGAAGAAGAGCAAAAGGGAUCGUUCCCAGACUUCUGAUGCUCACUCUCCAGAAGGAGCACCAGAAAGCGAGGAGAUCUUUUGCUGAUCCCAUGUCUUGUCUCCAGCCAGGCCCCUUCCAGAUCUGCCCUACAGUGAGAGGCCAAAGAAUCGAACAACUCUUCUUUAUUCUAGAACUAUUGAACUAUGUUGGGCUUUAUCACUUUUCACUCCUACACAAUCCACUGUCCAUUCCCACUUCUGGAUCUUCUUGAAUACGUCACAUCUGAAAACAUGUCCACAAGGGCAAGAGGAGGAGGAGCAACCACAAUGAAGAACUGUGGAUACAGCCAAACUGGGCAGGCUCAGUUUGGGUUCAAUGUGAUCUGAAGAGCUCUUAUUCUUAGUCACAAUGCUAGUUUGUGACUUGCCUAGGCAGAUAUUCCUUUCUUUCCUUUUCAUCUUUAAGAACAGGGAAUUUGUGAACAAGGGCAACAACUCCCACCUUCUCUUAGGAAACCACCACAAAAAUCAAAAACCUUCUAUAGGGGGGAAAAAAAAGAUGUGACUCUUUACCCAGUGUUUCUACACUGGUCUAUAUAGAUGUAAUGUAUACCCACGUCUAUACAUACUUAACUCAAUAUAUAGAUAUAUACACACUCACAAAUAAAUGUAGCUCCGUAUCCUUUGGAUAUGCC